GGGGAAAGUGAGUUGCGUGGGCGCCGCGGCGGGGAGCGCAGUGCCGGGAGCGGAGCGCAGAGCCGAGGGGCGCCGCGUGCUGCUGGCCCGGGGGUCCUGUCUCUCCUGGGGCUGGCCAAGUCCCAUUUACCCAAGGAGGAAGUGAAAGUCCAGAGAGGGACCAUGGGCUCCAUGUUCCGGAGCGAGGAGGUCGUGCUGGUGCAACUCUUCCUGCCCACCUCCGCUGCCUAUACCUGCGUGAGCCAGCUGGGCGAGCUGGGUCUCGUGGAGUUCAGAGACCUCAAUGCCUCGGUGAGCGCCUUCCAGAGACGCUUCGUGGGGGAUGUUCGACGCUGCGAAGAGUUGGAGAAAACCUUCUUGUUCCUGCAGGAGGAGGUGCGGCGGGCCGGGCAGGUGCUGUCCCGGCCGGAGGGGAGGCUGCCCGCGCCCCCGCCCCGGGACCUGCUGCGCAUCCAGGAGGAGACGGACCGCCUGGCGCAGGAGCUCCGGGACGUGCGGGGCAACCAGCAGUCCCUACAGGUCCAGCUGCACCAGCUGCGGCUUCACGCUGCCGUGCUGGGCCAGGGCCACAGCCCGCCGCUGGCAGCCACCCACGCCGACGGGCCUUCGGAAAGGAUGCCCCUGCUCCAGCCCCCCGGGGGCCCGCACCAGGACCUGAGAGUCAACUUUGUGGCAGGUGCCGUGGAGCCCUCCAAGGCCGCCGCCCUCGAACGCCUGCUCUGGAGGGCCUGUCGUGGCUUCCUUAUCGCCAGCUUCCGGGAGACAGAACAACAGCUAGAGGACCCCGUGACGGGCGAGCCUUCGACGUGGAUGACCUUCCUCAUCUCCUACUGGGGCGAGCAGAUAGGGCAGAAGAUCCGCAAGAUCACGGACUGCUUCCACUGCCACAUCUUUCCGUACGCGGAGCACGAGGAGGGCCGCCUCGGGGCCCUGCAGCAGGUGCAGCAGCGGAGCCACGAGCUGCAGGAGGUCCUGGGGGAGACGGAACGCUUCCUGAGCCAGGUGCUGGCCCGCGUGCAGCAGCUGCUGCCGCCCUGGCAGGUGCAGAUCCGCAAGAUGAAGGCCGUGUACCUGGCCCUCAACCAGUGCAGCGUGAGCGCCACGCACAAGUGCCUCAUCGCCGAGGGCUGGUGUGCCGCGCGCGACCUGCCCACCCUACAGCAGGCGCUGCAGGACAGCUCGAGCGAGGCAGGGGUGAGUGCCGUGGUUCACCGCAUCCCCUGCCGGGGCAUGCCCCCCACGCUCAUCCGCACCAACUGCUUCACGGCCAGCUUCCAAGGCAUCGUGGACGCCUACGGCGUGGGUCGCUACCAGGAGGUCAAUCCCGCACCCUACACCAUCAUCACCUUCCCCUUCCUCUUUGCCGUGAUGUUCGGCGACGUGGGCCACGGGCUGCUCAUGUUCCUCUUCGCCUUGGCCAUGGUGCUCACGGAGAACCGGCCUGCCGUGAAGUCGGCGCAGAACGAGAUCUGGCAGACCUUCUUCAGCGGCCGCUACCUGCUCCUGCUCAUGGGCCUGUUCUCCGUCUACACCGGCUUCAUUUACAACGAGUGCUUCAGCCGCGCCACCGCCGUCUUCUCCUCUGGCUGGAGCGUGGCGGCCAUGGCCACCCAGUCGGACUGGAGUGACGCGUUCCUGGCCCAGCACCCGCUGCUCGCCCUGGACCCCAACGUCAGCGGCGUCUUCCUGGGACCCUACCCCUUCGGCAUCGACCCCAUCUGGAGCCUGGCCGUCAACCACCUGAGCUUCCUCAACUCCUUCAAGAUGAAGAUGUCCGUCAUCCUGGGGGUCACCCACAUGACCUUCGGGGUGGUCCUGGGAGUCUUCAACCACGUGCACUUCGGCCAGUGGCACCGGCUGCUCCUAGAGACCCUGCCGGAGCUGGUCUUCCUGCUGGGGCUGUUCGGCUACCUGGUCUUCCUCAUCGUCUACAAGUGGCUGCAAGAUUACGCCGCCAGGGCUGCCUCGGCCCCCAGCAUCCUCAUCCACUUCAUCAACAUGUUCCUCUUCUCCCGCAGCCCCACCAACCAGCCCCUCUUCCACGGGCAGGAAGCGGUGCAGUCAGCACUGGUGAUCCUGGCCCUGGUCAUGGUGCCCGUCCUGCUGCUCGGCACCCCGCUGUUCCUGCACUGGCGGCACCGCAGCCGCUCGCAGAGGGGGCCCGCUGGCCGACAGCCGGAUGAGGACAAGUCCGGGAUUCUGGACUCCUCCGAUGCAUCCGUGGCCGGCUGGGGCCCUGAUGAGGAGAAAGCGGGGUGCCCGGAGGACGGAGAGGAGGCCGAGGUGGGUGUGGUCUCCCCAGGUGUGCGUGUGGGGUGCCGGCCGCCACCCGGCCCGCCCCUCACAGCUGCCCGCCCCUCAGUUUGUCCUGUCCGAGGUGUUGAUGCACCAGGCCAUCCACACCAUCGAGUUCUGCCUGGGCUGCAUCUCCAACACGGCCUCUUACCUGCGCCUCUGGGCCUUGAGCUUGGCCCACGCCCAGCUGUCGGAGGUCCUGUGGGCCAUGGUGAUGCGCUCGGGCCUGGGCCUGGGCCGCAAGUUGGGCGUGGCAGCCGUGGCGCUGGUCCCCGUCUUCGCCGCCUUCGCCGUGUUGACCGUGGCUAUCCUGCUGGUGAUGGAGGGGCUCUCGGCCUUCCUGCACGCGCUGCGGCUGCACUGGGUGGAGUUUCAGAACAAGUUCUACUCAGGCACUGGCUACAAGCUGAACCCCUUCACCUUCGCUUCAGAGGAGGGCUAGUGUCUGUUUGUGGCCGCACCCUGGUCCCUGCCCUUAGCUCCGGAGACAAGAAAUAAAGAUGUAGGACUGGGAA